AGAAGAAAACGUCAAAACGAAAAAAUUGCAGCGACUGAUAUCGAGAAAAGCUGGUGAAUUUCAUCGUGAUGGAGAAAAAAACUAUUUAAAUGAUUUGAAAAGCUAUUGCUUUGGCGAAAAGAGUCGAAUUACAGAAAAGCUAUUAUUGUUGUGUAAUAUAAAGAGGAUAUUGUUGGCGGCUGAACCUGAAGGAGGUGAAGGACGUGUCGUUGGCGGUUGUAACCAUCGCCAUUAAGGUUACUUUCAAUUGACGGAAAAAUCUCCAUUGAUUUCAAAGGCAACGUAGCCGUUGCCGUUAGUCAAGAUGAGCGUUAUAAUACGUUUGCAGAAUUUACCAUGGUCAGCGAAUGCACUAGAUGUGCGUAACUUUUUCAAAGGCUUGUCGAUCCCAGAUGGCGGAGUUCACAUCGUUGGAGGCGAAAUGGGUGAUGCGUUUAUUGCAUUCAGCACGGAUGAAGAUGCUCGUCAGGCAAUGAUGCUGAAUGGAGGUAAGAUAAAAGAGGUCCAAAUUACGCUGCUAUUGUCGUCUCGUGCUGAAAUGCAAAAAGUGAUUGAAGAGGCACGCCGAACAACAAUGUCAUUUAUGCAGCUAUCGGCGCAGAGCGCUGCGUCACCAGUAGCAACAGCGGCGGCCCCUGUUGUGCCAAAGGCUGCGACUGUUGCGGUCACGAAGGCAAUAGCUCAGCAGCCGCAGCCACCGGUUAUUAGUCUGUCUGGGUUUCUAGCACAAAAUUUAAGCCAGCAAAAGUCUCAGGUUAUACAGACACAGUCGCUCUAUUCAGAAAUUCCUGGUUUGGGUUUUCUGACGUCAAGUGGAAUGUUUCAACCGAAUGCUCCUGCGGCUGGUUUGUUCUCAGCUUUAAGUGCACAGUCAUAUAAUGGGCCAGUCGCUUCAAAUUCUGCUUUUGCUCAAUUAUCUGAGCAGUUGAAAAAAGCCGCUGAAGCAGAGAAGGACAUUGCUGCAAAGAGCAUCAUCAGUGGAGGUAGUGCAACGAAUCUGGGAAAUGCUUUGAGUUCGAAAAAGGAAUCGAGCGAUAAGAGCAGCCGCCGAAGCAGAUCGUCAUCACGAGAACGUGAUAGACGUCGUUCCUCUAGAGAUCGUUCUCGAUCCAGGAGUCGUGAUCGGGAACGGAGUAGACGCAGAAGUGGAAGAGAUCGCAGUCGUAGCAGAAGUCGUGAACGACGUAGUCGAAGUCGCAGUCGUGAUCGUCGCGACAGGCGACGUCGAUCACGCUCACGAGACAGAGAAGAUACUCGUUCCAGGGAACGUAGUCGAGAAAGGGAUUCAAAAGCGGAGAAGUUCAGUAGAAAGAGGGCUUCUCGUUUUAGUGAUAAAAAAGAUUCAAGUCCACCUGCGGCAGUGAUUACGACUACUUCACCCGAGAUAGAAUCUAAGUCGUUCAUCAGUCCAUGGGAUACGUCAAUACAGCAAAAUUUGAUGAAUCGAUCUGGUAAUGGUGUAACAACUAUUCAAUCGUCAGUUCCCACUAGUUCGUCUCCACCAAUGCCAGGUAUGGCAAGCUCUAACCAUACCUUCGGUACUCGGAUUGAUCAACCGAUGCAAAUUCCAUUAAGUAAUUUAAAAUCAAGCUUUCAGUCAAACUUGUACCCUGCAGUAAACUAUGGAAAUUUCCAAGCAUCGAAACCAAUAAGUCGGGAACAUUUAACCAAGCUUCAGGAGCUACAUUCAAGGAGGGAUCCAAGGGUGGCUCUACUAAAUCACAACCCUCAGAAAUCUGUGGCAGGACCAUUUGUCGAUAGAGGACACCAGACUGGCACCAAACUGGACAGUUUUUCAAUGCCGAGUAAUAGUAGCAUUAAUGUUGGCCCAUCUAGAUCUGAUAGUAGUGACAGGUUUACUCGAAACGAUGCCGGAUAUGAUAAACGUAAGACUGAUCAGGAUGACUCCGAAAACGAUGAAAUGGGCGGUCAGUCGGUGAAAAUAUACAACAUGGAAAACAGCACAGGAUACGGAGAAAUUCGCAGAUUUUUUUAUGGGCAAUCUAUUUCGAGUAACGGAAUUAAAAUGAUUAACGAUCGCAAUGGAAAAAGAACUGGUGUAGCCUAUGUAAGAUUUUUGCGUAGGGAUGGCAAAAGGUAUGCUCUAUCACGAGAUGGAAUGCUGUUAAGGAGGGCAGAGGUGAAAAUUGCACCAAUCACUGAUAAGGAGUUUGAAGACGCUAUCGAUUCGUAUCGUCCAAGUUAUGAGGACUCCAAAAACAACUGGGUUGAUAUCACCGAUGAAACCAGAGAUAGUAGAAAUAAGGAUGACAUAAUCGAAAUAAAAGAUGAUGUCAGUACAAAUAAAUCAGGAAAUAAAUCUGGAUCACUAGUUGUUUGGAAUUUGCCCAAUUUGACAACUGAGUUGGAUCUGAUGCGAAUGUUUUCGGAUUUUACUAUAGUUGAGGUCCUAAUUAUUAAGAAUUACAAAAACCCAAAGCAGUUGGACGGUUAUGUAAAGUUUCAUCAAAUAGACGACGCUCGUCGGGCUUGCGAAUGUACUCACAGGCAUUACAUAAGAAAUAAGCGAGUAUACAUGAAGCAAUGCAGUGAUAUUGAGUACGAUGCAGCGAAAAAUGAGUACGAAGCUCCCCUUAAUGAAGAUGACGACGAUGAGGAUGAUGUAGUUGUUCAACCGUCAGUUGAUGCUUCACAGGAUAUAGAUGAUUCUGUACAGAUGAUUGAUGAUUCAAAAGAUUCCAAAGAAAAUUUGAGUCGCAAUGCGCAAACGGAACGAGAGAACACAAACGAAGGUGGAAACACGUAUUCACAAAACUUGAUGAAUAAUGUUCUUUCGCUGAAUAAUCGAAAAGAAUCCUACAGUUAUUCUACUGUAGAUCAAAAGCAAAGCAGUUCGAUUGAUCAGCCUAAUGAUAAGUACACGAUUCGGGAUCCUAGAAACUUUUUCUCUCAGAUACAUAACCCAUCUAUGCAACAGUGCCAACCAGAUUCUGUACAACAGCAAUGGCAGCAACAAUCACAGCAAUUUCAGUCGAUGCCUCCUUCAUCGAUGAAUUUUGGAGGAUUUGGCGGUGAUUUCAGUCGCGAUCCACGGCGUCGUCCAGAUUUUGGGAACCAACGCAACAUUGAUAAUCAAAAUCAAACGGUACAGGCGGCGGAUAACAAUUUCAGAGAAGGAAUCAACUUUAGUUCCAGCCAGCCACAAUCUCGUUUCGACCCAACGGGUACUUCUAAUAAGUUCGAGCACAUGGAUGUAACUCACAAUAGUUCCAUACAGCAACAGUUUAUGGGGUCAAAUGUACAAAACAACGAAAAAACUACAUUCAUUAUGAUCAGCAAUCUGGAGUAUACCAUGCAGGAAUCGGCAGUUAUGAGCUUCUUUGAUCGGGAAGGUUUUAAUCCUAAGUAUGUGCAAAUGAUUCGUACUCCAUACGGGCGGUCAACUGGUGAAUGUGUGGUAGAAUUUGAAUCGGAACAGGAAGCCGAUGCAGCUAUGGUGAAAAAUGGGGCUCAAAUCGGUAAACGAAGAGGUUUUGUCAAACAUUUAGAUCCUCAACAAGUUUCGGCCGUAAUGCAACGGAUUAAUCGUAAUCAGAGAGUCAAUCCUCCACACAGCAGUGGUAGCAACUUUGAAAGAGGCAAUAAUGAUAGUUCUGGGGGAAACAACUUUGGUAGAGGAAAUGGUUUUGGAAAUGACGAUACAGGUGGGAACGAAGGAGACGGUUUUGCGAACGAUAACUGGGACGAAAAUAAUUACGGAAAUUCUGGAAGUUUGUCUGGGGUUAACAGUUUCGACAAUAGAGAAGUUAACUUUGGUAACAAUGACCUCGACAACAAAGAUGCUAGUGGUGCACAAGAAAGAGGAUCAAAUAUUUCCGAUUACAGUACUGAAUUCGAUGGACCAUUGAAUGAUAACAAUCAGCCACUUAGACAGAAUGAUAACAAAACAAAUGGUAUCCGAGGUGGUGUCGGUAAUUCUUCCUGCAAUAGUAAACUGUUUUAUGAAGAUGGUGAGGAAGAAAAAGAUGAUUCCUUAAAACAACCAAGUAGACAAAAUACCGAGCAAACACAGUCAGGAAUUUUCGAUCAGAAUGAACAACAAAUGGGUAGAUCUGACGAAUCUGAUUCAGUUCAUGACCGGGAAACUGAAAAAAGUAACUCGAGAGAACAAAUCGAGCCUAAGGAACAAUCGCUUGAUGAAUUGUCUCGGUCCGCUGAACGACCACUUCCAGCUUCCACCGAAUCAAACUCCGAAUUUUCAGAGGAUCCCCCUCUAGACGAUAAUACUCCUAAGUCAUCAGCCAAUUUUAGAAUGCCAAUGGAUGGAAACAUACUUGGUCUCAGUAAUCUACCAUUUAGGGCUGCCAAUGAGGAUAUUGUCCAAUAUUUCGAGGAGUACGGUAUUGCGCUGGAAGAUGUCAGGCGAAAAUAUCUGCGAGAUGGCCGUGCCACUGGUGAUGCUAUGGUACGCUUCCAGAGUGCGGCGGACGCUCAACGUGCACUAGAGUCGCACCGAAAUCGACGCAUUGGAGGUCGUAUUGUGCGAAUGAGGAUAUUGAGCGAUUGUCUCCAGUAAUCAUUUUCGGGUGUGUUUGAUUAGAUGUAAUAUUCUAGUUUAGCUUUACUCUUAGUUUUUUUAUAAUACGUAUUAUUAAAACAUUCAACUUUUUGAUUUGAAUUUGUACAUAUUUCAUACAAGUAACAAUACAAACGUCUACAAAAUAAUAAAAUUGAA